AUGUCGUCGUCAUCGACAGAACCGGACGAAUAUCAUGAGCAAAUCGUGGCAUUCGCACUGGCAUCAGUGUUACUGUCUAUCUGUAUUUGUGGGGUUCUCGGUAAUGCUGUAGUCUUGGGCGUUGGAAUUUAUAAGCAGAAGUAUCGUAAAAAUGUUACAAACUGUUUUAUUAUGAACUUGGCAGUAACUGAUCUUUUUUUCCUACUAACCUCUGUACCAUUAACAUCUUACUUGGGUUUAUCGAAGCUUUGGAUUUUUGGUGAAUUCAUUUGUAAAAUGAACAUCUACUUGGCACAUGUAUUUUUACAAGCAACCUGUUAUACAUUAGCAACAAUGAGUAUUGAUCGGUAUUUACACAUGGUUCACGUACUCUGGUAUCGAAAGUAUCGUACACCGAAACAUACUUUAAUAAUAUGCUUAUCUAUUUGGAUUAUUUCACUUUUAUUCAUGUUUCCUUAUAAACAUGUCUUGCGCAUGAUUAGACGUACGCAUACUGGAUCAAGGCAUACUCUAGAUUGUUCUGUUUAUGAUCGAGAUUCAUUGUUUUCGUCGUGUAUAUUUACAUUUGGAUUCUACUAUGUUCUGCCGUUGUCAAUUAUUGCUAUGUGUUAUUUACGUGUUUUCAUGCGGGUACAAAGUGCUACUUACCACGGGCAGAAAAGUCUAGUCAUCUCGCCUUGCCGUACUAAUCAUGUGAAGCGUCGUCGUGUACGCCGUAUGUUGCUUGGACUGACUCUGUCAUUUGCUAUUUGUUGGUUACCAAUUCAUGUUUUGGAAAUACUCAACUGCUCACAAUUACUAUCUCCAUCGCUUCUUGAAAGACAUGUCUAUAUUCUACAAAUUAUUCGAAUGAUCGCUCAUGCUCUAUCGUAUUUUAAUUCGUGUUUGAAUCCGUUUUUGUAUGCUUUACUUAAUAAGACUUAUUUUUCGAGUCAUUCUUAA